GAAUAGUAUUAGGGAGCCUCUCAGAGUCGAACGAUGUUUCUGUGUGUAACACUUUUGCCUGAUUGGUUCGACUGUUUGUUUCGACGCGAUGGCGGCAGAUGUGAUCAUGUUUGGUUCCUCUGUGUUGUGCUACCAUUGAUAACUAACAAAAAUGGAAAAAAAGAAGUUUAAUAUCAAUUUGGACGAUUCAGCGUUCUCAAAGGACAGAAGUCCGGCGAAGGUGUCUUUGUUCAAAUCCAAAAAUGAUCACGUAGAGGCCUCAUCUGUUCCAGCUCCUGGCCAACCACUGUCCUAUGCAGAGUUUGUUGUUCAGAACAAACACAAGGGCCAUCAGGGAGCCCAUGGAUCAGAGAAACAAACAUCUGCUGCCCAAAGUAGAAAUAACGCUCCAGGACAAAGCAGUGCAAACAUAGCUGUAAUUGAAUCAGUUAAUACGUCCUCCACAGACUCAGAAAAACCUGAGACUGAACAGCAGGGUCUAUCAGAGGGACCUACAGAAGAUCAGACCAAAGGGGAAGGUCAGAGUUCAGAGAGUUUUGUGGUUCCUCCUCAUCUCUUAGGAUCUGGAAACAGUAUUAUUGUCAGUCCUCGACAGAGGGGCAACCCUAUCCUGAAAUUUGUGAGAAAUGUUCCUUGGGAGUUUGGAGAGGUGGUGCCAGACUAUGUUUUAGGAAGGACAACAUGUGCACUUUUUCUCAGUGUGCGUUACCAUAAUCUGAACCCAAACUAUGUCCAUGAGCGUCUAAAACAGCUGGGCCAGAGUUUCAGUCUCAGAAUUCUGCUUGUCCAGGUGGACGUGAAAGACCCUCAUCAUGCACUGAAAGAGCUUGCACGAAUAUGCAUCAUGGCUGACUGUACCCUCAUCUUGGCCUGGAGUCCUGAAGAAGCAGGCCGUUAUCUUGAAACCUAUAAAUCCUAUGAGAAGAAGCCUGCAGAUCUACUUAAAGAGCAAGUAGAGAAAAAUUACCUGUCCCAGGUUACAGAUUGUUUAACCACAGUUAAGUCUGUCAAUAAGACUGAUGCCAUGACUCUUCUGUCUACGUUUUCUUCAUUGGAGGGCAUCAUUAAAGCUUCAAAGGAGGAACUUGUUUUAUGUCCAGGACUCGGUCCACAAAAGGCAAGAAGGCUUUAUGACGUAUUGCAUCAGCCCUUCAUAAAGACCAAGAAGAAGGAAAGUUGAUCAUUUUAAGCUGCGUUACAGAAAAUGGAUUUAGAAAAAGUGUCUGGGACCAUCUGAGACCAUCAGGCGUGAGAGUUUUUGCUGUUUUUGGCAUAAACAGUCUCUAAAUGUUAUAUUAUUAGGCUUUGUUUUUCUGUAAGUCUAAUAUUUUUUUGUAUAUCAUUUUUCAUGUGAUCAAUAAAUAUCCAUAAUAUUUAGAUGUAA